CUGUCGCAGCUGCUGCCUAUCAGUUUUACAGUUCACUAUUUACAAUUACCUAAUCGUGAAUUAAAACAAAGACUAAUGUCUUGGCUGGUCAGCACGUUUCAAAAGCUGUGCAGCGUAGGCCAACUCGCUGUCAAGUCAAAGCCGCUACCGCUGACCUGUUCCACAACGGUGCGUCAGCUUUCGCAUGCAGAACGACGGGCACGCGGUCGCACAGUUCGACGCUAUGGCUACAAGGAAAAGAUCUUUCAGAGUGGAUUGCUGCCGCAUUUAGAUAAUGGGCAAAAGCUGCCCAUGCCCGUGUAUAGGCCCAAGAAUCCCUGGGCUGAGAAACGGGCUCUCUUUGGGCAAAACGACUUCAUAGACAUACUGGGCAACGACCGGCUUCAUCCCACCCGUGUUCUAUACACUGUACCUUCCUGGUUGCGAGGCGUCUCGGGCAAUGAGUAUCAAGUGUUGCUGCGUAAGCGUCGAAUGCUGGAGAAGACCAAGUAUCCAAUUGCUCGGCCGACCAAGUGGAAGGAUAUGCAAAAACGUAUUUUGUAUUUGUACAGAUUCCUCAAUCGGAAAACUAAAACCGGAUACUCCACACAAUAAUUCAUGAUUAAUCAUA